AGGCAGACAAGUUAGAUGUAGUUCUUGCAGUGUUUUUGUAUGUUAUUAUUAUAAUUUGCGUGACAGUUUCACUGUCUUUAUUCGAGUCAGGAGUUUAUUUCGCCCCGUCGAUGGGUUGACUGUGCCGUCUCCUUCGGCUGCGUGUAAUCACGACAAGAUGGCCAGUUAACAUUAGCAGUCUGAGUCUGGGUCAAAUAACGGACUACCAGUUAGCUAUCUCCAGCAGUCCCAACACGCAGGACUGGAGCAGAUGAUUAGCUGGUUAUGACUGUGACUGUACUUCGUUACAGUCAUUUUUAUUCAGUUGACAUUUUGUUUAGAUCACUCAGCGUUUCCGCCGCCCCUUCCCCCGUCCCCAUUAUAUGUGUUAACUUAGCAAGUAUGGCUAGCUGAGCUACGUGAGGGAAAACGCUGCAUUGAUUGUAGUCGGAAGGGGCCGAGCUUUCCCUUUUCAAAGAUCACGUUGGUGUGAGCUAACCGUAUGCGAUCAUAAAGCUGCUAUGAUGCGUGGCUUAACGCUGGUAAGUCAACCACACCUUUAACAGGGAGUGACACUUGUGACCAUGUCCGUUCUUCAUAAUAGCCAAACUCGGAUCAUGCUGUUUCUCUCGCACUCAGCGGCUGCCUAGUUAAGCGACUGCCCGCGAGGACACCCGGUCCAGCAUGAAGGCCCUCGGACCCAGAUUUUCCUUUUAUGCGGGGUUCGUGGUGGGAAUCUUCACCCUGUACGUGUUUCUGCGGCAGGUCGGGUUUGAGAGGACUCUGUCAAUGCAGCAGCCUGUCAGCUUUGCCAACAUUCACGACCACCAGCAACAACUCGAAGAGGAAAAGAAAAUAUGGAAGAAAGAGAGGUCCGCGCUUUUUAAUCUCAAGCAUCCUCAUCACAUCGGUGAGGAUAGCCGCAUAGCUGAUGAAUUGUACAAAAAGGUGCGUAUUCUUUGCUGGGUGAUGACUGGACCCAACAACCUGGAGAAGAAGGCUCGACAUGUGAAGUACACAUGGAGCCGCCAUUGCAAUAUUGUGGUCUUCAUGAGCUCCGUGGAUGACCCCGACUUUCCCACAGUGGGAUUGGGUACAAAAGAGGGUCGGGAUCAGCUGUACUGGAAAACAAUUCGGGCUUUCCAUUAUGCCUAUGAGCAUCAUGCAGAUGAGGCAGAUUGGUUCCUCAAGGCAGAUGACGACACCUACGUAAUAGUAGACAAUUUGCGCUUGGUUCUUGCAAACCAUACUCCUGAUGAGCCCAUUUACUUUGGUAGAAGAUUCAAGCCCUACACAAAGCAGGGCUACAUGAGUGGUGGUGCAGGAUAUGUACUGGGCAAAGAGGCUUUGCGAAGAUUUGUAGAAGGUUUUAAAAGCAAACUGUGUACUCACACUACCUCUGUAGAGGACCUGGCAAUGGGGCAAUGCAUGGAGAAAGUUGGUGUGCUGGCAGGAGACUCCAGAGACGCUAUACACAGGGAGACAUUCCACCCCUUUGUCCCCGAGCAGCACCUCACUGCCAAGUUUCCAAAGAGCUUCUGGUAUUGGAGCUAUUGCUACUACCCCAUCUCAGAGGGUCCAAAAUGCUGCUCGGAUUUGUCGGUGUCUUUCCAUUAUGUAGAUGCUGGAGGCAUGUAUUUAUUGGAAUAUUACAGCUAUCACCUGCGUGCCUUUGGCUACAGAUACCGUUACCAGCCCCCCACCCCAGUUGGCUACAGUAUAAAACACUUAGGACCCUGGGAUGAUGUAGAAAAAGAAGAAGAGCUGGGCUCUCAGGACAAAAAACAAGGGAAGGUAGACGAUCCAUCCAGGACUGAUAAGAGACAGGAUGCAGAGCUCCCUCCUGUAGGUCGUAAAGACCUUCCUGCUGCUCCAGCGGAUUAUUCAAGAGCUGCCAGCGAGACUUGGUUGAGUGUUGUGCUGUGAAGUGUCAGACACAACAGCCCCAUCAAACUGUCUGAUGUGUUGAAUUUUAGAGUUUAGGGUUGUACUGAAAAGCCUCUUCACAUUAAAGACAAGGAUGACAUUUGUUUACUUUUUACUUUUGAUUUUGUGUUUUGACAAGUCCUUUGAUUGAAGAUAGAUUUUAAACCAAGGUUUUAUAUUUGUCUAAACCAGUGAUUCCCAAAGUAUGGGCCAUGGCCCACAAUAACAGAAAUUCAGUAUGAAAUUCAGUUUGAAAUUACAAGUAUGUACAAUUACAUAUUUAUAUAAAUUUUAUUUAUGUAAAAAAAGUGAAUUAAAACUGGUAAUAGGAGGUGGUUAGUCACCAUCUCCUAUUACCACAUCAAUUUUGCUUGUAUUUUCAUUAGAGUGAAGAUUUAAGAUGAAAAAGAUUAGUUUUUAAGGCGAGGCCGCAGCAGUCCUGACUUUGGGAAUGUCUGGUCUAAACAGUUUGAAGUUUUAAUUUAAGAGUUCACUUAAAUGAAUAGAGUUGAAGUAAACUAAGAAUAUUUCUUUACCCAUUAAUCUGCAAUUCUUUUUCUUGGUCAAUUAGCUACUGGUUUGAAGAACCUGAUAUCAGAAAUGGUGAAAAAUGGCUGUUAUAUUUUCCUAAAGGCAAAGGGAAUGUGUUUUUAAAUUCUUAUUUUUCCAAAUAACAGUAAAAAACAAAAAACAAAACUUGACAUUCUGACAAAGAACAAUAACAAUCCUGACAAGAGAAAAGCUCUGCCAGGUUAUUCUUUUGGCGUUUGUGCUUGAAAAAACUGCAAGUAUUGGGCAAUUUAUUAAAAAAAUGUUUUUUUGUAGAAUAAUGACUAAUUACUUAACAGCUCAAUCUUUUCAGCUCUAAAAAUGAAAUAUAUUAUCCCAUGGAUUGUUGAAUAGCAAUAUAUAAUCUCAAAAUCUGUCAGAAUAAAUUUUUUCACACGUUCAGCAUUAAAAACUGUUAAUGCUAUUCAAAAGCAACUCAGUUGCCAGUUUAUUAGUUAGAUGAGUUAAAACAGAAUCAUGAAGUUAUUUUCUGUUUUAGUAGCAUAUCCAACUGAGGAAGACAUGUAAAAAGGAUUUAUUCCAUGUCUGGCUAGGUGUACCUAAUAAAAUGGCAACUGAUUGUAUUCAUAUUUAAUGUAAAAGGUGUCAUACAUUAGAAAAUAUUGUGUAGAAAAGCAUUGCUAUCUCAUAUUCCUCAAUUAUGAGGUGACUAUUAUUCUUUAAAUGUAAAGUCCAGCUGUCUAAAUUUCUACAAUGGAGCCAAAGAUUUCAACAUGAGACCACACUGAAGAUGGAUAUCCUGUUGGAGCUGUUACUUGGUGUCAAUGCUAAUCAUGCGGUCAAUCGUGGCACUUGCUGUUUAGUUUUUAGUAAUAGGACUCUUGUUUAGUUACCGCCGACUUUCAGGAGGUGUUUUCUGGUUGGUAGGAAAGUUAUCUGGCUAAACUUUUUAAAAAAUUUUUUCCCUCUGGAGUUUAAAACAAUCUUGUCCAACCCACUCACGGCACAUAUUUACCUUUCUGCGCAUUGUGCUGCACACACUUUCCUGCAUCUUCCCACAGUGGACUCAUUAGCUUGUGCCUUGUAAAUUGAGAUUGUAUGAGCCAGCCAUUAGCUGCAUACAUGACUUAGCACUGUGACAUGAGCAUGACGAGAGUGUUAUUUCAAAUGGAAGUUGACUGAAUCCUAUUUAACUGGUAUGGCCUUCAUUGAAGUUUGUGAAGUACCCUUUUUCUUUUUUUUCUUUUAAGUUUUAACAGUUUGAAGGUGUUUUCAAAUUCUAGGAACUCUAGGUUAGUCAGGCCUCUUUUGAAGUUAGUUCACAUUGUACAUUUAAGGUGUUCAUAACAGCUCCUUUACUAGUUUGUAACCAAACAAGUCAUUAAACUUGUGUUUGAUACAGUAAUGACCAAACGUGAGAUUAAAUCUUGAGUGGAACAAAAUGAAUUUGGCAUUUAUGUGAAAACUUACAAAAUGAUUUAAUGGAACAAUUGCUGUUUUUCAUUUUUGUUUUUCACUGUUUGUUCAAAGUUAAAAGUAUAUGAGGUUGCUAAUACCUAAAAUUAAACUUUGUAAGUGUUUACACUUGGUUUGUGUAUGUGCAUGGACACAGAGCAUGUUCACUCUUUGUUUUUGCUUCUGUGUUAAAAACCAAUCAGAUCCAGUUUUAACCAAAUUGGCAUGUUUUUUUCCAUUAUGGUUUCUUUGAAUGGGGGGGGGGCUCACACUCAUGUUUGAUACCAGUGACAUCUGAUUUCUGAUGGGGCAAGUCCUUGACAAUCUUCUCAUUACAGACUUCUUAAAGGGAACAGUGUACAGUACUAUAUAUUUCAAAUGUAUUUAUGUUCAUAUUGCCAUCUUGAGUUGAUACACUUAAGUGUGGAUGAGUUCAUUUCAAUAUGUGAGCACGCAUACUGUAAUCAGUGGGCAGGAUUGUUUUUUAGCGAAUGGUAAUUUAAUCACUAUAAAUAAAUGCAUAUUUUAUUGUA